AUGUCGAACUCAUGGGAGCCCAACUCACCUCGGAAGAAGCGCAUCUUCAUCAAUGCCUUCGACAUGUUCACAGUUGGACAUCUUUCAUUCGGCCAAUGGCGGAACCCAACUGAUAAAAGUUCAACUAAACGUCGAGAUCUUUCAUACUGGACUAAUUUAGCAAAACUGCUUGAAGAAGGAGAUAUUAAUGCACUGUUCCUUGCAGAUACAUUUGGUCAGUACGAUGUGUACAAGGGAAGUGCCGAGCCAGGAAUCAGGACAGGAGCUCAAUAUCCGAUGGGUGAUCCUGCGAUUCCAAUUUCCGCAAUGGCAGCGGUGACCAAGAAUCUUGGUUUUGCAAUUACUACUUCGACUUCUUAUGAAUCGCCAUAUAUCGUUGCGAAAAGGUUUUCUACAUUGAACCAUCUCACGGGUAGGAGGUUUGGGUGGAAUAUCGUUACUUCUUGGAAGGAAUCGGCAACGAGAGCAGUUGGUCUCAAGUACAUUGCACAUGACCAGCGUUAUGAGAUUGCUGACGAGUUUUUACGAGUUCUUUACCAGUUAUGGGAAGGUUCUUGGGCAGAUGAUGCACUGCUUGAGGAUUGUGAGAACGAAAUAUAUGCCGACUACAACCGUAUACGAACUGUUCACCACCAUGGAGAACAUUUUACUGUUGAUGCACCGCAUAUACUGGAUCCCUCGCCUCAAAGAACGCCAUUUCUAUUUCAAGCAGGAACCUCCCCAGCAGGUAUUUCCUUCGGAGCAACUCAUGCAGAGGGAAUAUUCGUGUCUGCUUUAUCGCCUCAUAUUCUUGCUCCACGAGUCAAAGCCAUUAGAGAAAAGGCUGCCGAGUUUGGCCGUGACCCACGAUCGGUCAAGAUUUUCGCUAUAUUCACAUCAAUAGUCGGUAGGACCAGAGAAGAAGCCCAGGUGAAGUAUCAGGAAGCGUUGAAAUAUGCCAGUGCUGAAGGAGGACUUGCUUUUUUCUCUGGGGGCUCUAGGAUAGACUUAAGCAAGUUUGACUUGGAUGCUGAAAUCAAACCCGAGGACUCCACACUCGAUGCUAAAGUACACUCUCUCAUCUCAAGUCUGACGUAUCACGGUUCAGACAUCCCAAAAUGGACGCCGAGGAAUAUCGGCAAAGUUAUCUCAAUUGGCGGAAGUGGGCCGGUACCUGUAGGGACUGCAGAAGAAGUGGUGGAUGUGAUGGAGGAAUGGAUUGAUAUAGCUGAUUUAGAUGGCUUUAAUGUUGGAUAUGUUAUCACUCCAGGAAGCUUCCAAGACCUGGUGCAUUUAGUGGUCCCCGAACUGAGGAAACGAGGACGAUACGCACCGAAGGGUGAGUCUGGCACAAUGAGGGAACGAAUAUUUGGACAGGGCCAAAGAGGGCUAAGGGAUGACCAUACGGGGAGCAAGUAUAAGCAUAUGGUACCUAGCCUAAAGAGAAAAGCUAGCGAUGACCUUUCGAGCGCCCCAAGUACAUAG